GAUGAGAAUAAAAAUUAUAUAUUUCUGAUCAAUAUCAACAGCUCACAGAAAAGUCCAAUCACAAGUAAACGAAUUGUAAACAUCAUUGACUUUAUGACGUUUACCGUGUUCAAGUAUGCUGCACGUGGUCUGUAUGAGAAGGACAAGAUGAUGUUCACACUGCUGCUGACCCUAAAAAUUGACCUGCAAGCGGGACGGAUCAAGCAUGAAGAGUUCAUGACCCUUAUCAAAGGAGGAGCAUCUCUUGAUUUGAAGGCUUGUGCACCAAAACCUUCUAAGUGGAUUCUUGACAUCACAUGGUUGAAUUUAGUUGAGCUGAGCAAGCUGAGAAACUUCUUAGACAUCCUGAAUCAGAUUGGCCGCAAUGAAAAGCAAUGGAAACACUGGUUUGACAAGGAAGCACCAGAGGAAGAAACUGUGCCAGAUGGCUAUGAGAACUCCUUGGAUGUCUUCCAUCGGCUCCUUCUGGUACGGUCCUGGUGUCCUGACAGAACCCUCAAUCAAGCCAGAAAAUAUAUCAUUGAUUCUGUUGGUGAGCGAUUUGCUGAGGGUGUGAUUUUAGACCUGGAAAAGACAUGGGAAGAGUCUGACCCUCGAAAUCCACUAAUUUGCUUCCUGUCAAUGGGUAGUGACCCAACAAAUGGAAUUGAACAACUGGCCAAGAAAAAGAAAAUAGAAUGCCGUGCCAUCUCCAUGGGUCAAGGACAAGAAGUGCAUGCAAGAAGGUUGAUGAGCAACUCUAUGACUAAUGGUGGCUGGGUAUUACUGCAGAAUUGCCAUUUGUCGUUGGACUUCCUGGAUGAAGUGAUGGACAGCUUGAUAGAGACAGAGACGAUGCAUGAGACAUACCGUCUCUGGAUGACCACAGAAGUCCAUAAUUCAUUCCCAAUCAGUUUACUCCAGAUGUGUAUCAAGUUUACAAAUGAACCACCGCAAGGUAUCAAGCCUGGUCUGAAGCGGACGUACACUGGAUUAACGCAAGAUCAACUGGAAGUCUCAAAUAUGCCGCAAUGGAAACCAAUGCUUUAUGCCACCGCAUACCUCCACACUGUAGUACAAGAACGUCGUAAGUUUGGGCCACUCGGCUGGAAUAUCCCGUAUGAGUUCAAUGCUGCUGAUUUCAGCUCAACUGUACAGUUUAUACAGAACCAUCUUGAUGAUAUGGAUAUUAAGAAGGGAGUGUCCUGGAGCACUGUGCGAUAUAUGAUUGGUGAGAUCCAAUACGGUGGGCGUGUCACAGACGACUUUGACAAACGCUUGCUGAAUACAUUUGCAAAGGUCUGGUUUAGUGAGCAGAUGUUCAGUAACAGCUUCAACUUUUACAAAGGCUACACGAUACCAAAGGGAACUCAAAUUGCUCAAUACCUUGACUUCAUCCAGCUUCUACCUGCUUCAGAUACACCAGAAGCUUUUGGACUCCAUCCUAAUGCUGAUAUUACUUACCAAAGUAAUGCUGCAAAAGAUGUGUUGGGAACGAUCCUAAGCAUUCAACCAAAAGACAGCUCAGGAGGUGGUGGUGAAACUAGAGAGGAUGUUGUACAAAGAUUAGCAGAUGACAUGCUGGAAAAAUUACCUCAAGAUUACUUAGCAUUUGAAGUUAAACAACGGCUUCAAAAGAUGGGUGCCCUACAGCCAAUGAACAUCUUCCUUCGUCAAGAAAUUGACCGAAUGCAGAGGGUCAUCGCAGUUGUUCGAAGCACACUAACUGAUCUUAAACUAGCCAUCGAUGGCACAAUCAUCAUGAGCGAGAAUCUUCGUGAUGCUUUAGACUGCAUGUACGAUGCCAGAAUCCCGGCUGUGUGGUUGAAGAUCUCUUGGCAGUCAUCCACGUUGGGUUUCUGGUUCACAGAGUUACUGGAGAGGAAUGCUCAGUUCCACACCUGGUGUUUUGAUGGACGACCGAACACUUUCUGGAUGACAGGGUUCUUUAACCCGCAAGGCUUUUUGACGGCAAUGAGACAGGAGGUAACUCGUGCACACAAAGGUUGGGCUCUUGACAGUGUCAUUCUUCACAAUGAUGUCACACGGUUCCUCAAAGAUGAUAUUUCUCAGCCGCCAGCCGAAGGUGUGUACGUCUAUGGACUAUUCCUAGAGGGCGCCAGUUGGGAUCGACGUGGAUGCCGUCUGAUCGAGCCUAAACCAAAGGUUCUAUUUGAACCACUACCGGUCAUUCAUAUUUAUGCUAUCAACAGUACAAGUGGGCGUGACCCACGCAUGUACGAAUGUCCGAUAUACAAGAAACCUGUUAGAACCGACCUGACGUACAUUGCAUCGGUGGAGCUGAAGACCACCCAGAACCCAGAUCACUGGAUCUUGCGAGGUGUUGCGUUGCUCUGUGACAUCAAAUAAGCUUCUGGAUUAUCUACAUCUUUGUCAUCUGCAUGCCAUCCAUUCCAUCAGGCAAAAUCUUUAGUCAUCGCUUUUGAUUAGUUUGAUUAAAACAUUUUAUUCAUGGUGAUUAAUUAGUUUAUUUCAUUAAGUGAGUAGAUCAUCUUUCAUUUUUUAUAUAUAGUAUACAGUAUUUUCUUUUGAUUCAUUAUAUUCAUUUUCAUAACGUUUUUCAUGCAUUUUUCAUUUUAGUGAUAAACUUUUUCAAGCAAAUUUACUCGUGGCUUGUGACAAUCAUGCAUUAAUAAUUAUGAUAAUAAUAUUUAAUAUUAUUUUGUAUGUUUUUAUUGGAUAUUUAAAGAAUUCAUAAUGAUGUUUAGCUAUCAGUUGUACAAUCUCAAUCCUGUCAUUUACCAGUGCUUUAUAUGAAAAUGUCAUAUAAAUAAUGAAAUAACCCCAUGUAACGUCCAAUUUGACAACUGCGGACAAUAUUAUUAUGUGUCUUUAUUUAUUCACCCAUCCAAAAUCAAAUACAAAUAUUUGUUACAUGAGAGCAUAUACCAACCACAAAUAUGGUAUAUUUAAUUUAAAGAUAUACUAAACAUUUGAACAAAUAUAAAACAAACAAAAUUAAUUAUACGAUUUACGAUGAGAUUUAGAAUGUUUUAUUACAAAAGUUAUAUUCUGUAAUAUGACUGAAAACUUUAAUGAAUUCCCAAAAUGCGCAAUGGCACUUUGUAGCUUUGUUCAGUGGUCUAAAACGUACAAAUAAUAAUCUUUGUUCCUAGGUAUUUACUCUAAUCAUUUGUCUUUCGAUUGCAACGUUAGGUUGUGGGCUGUGUACAUAGAGACUGUGCAUGUAAUUUAUUCAGAAAAAAGUAAGAUUCUCUGAGAUGUGUUGCACGUGUAAAAAGGGUUACCGCUUAUGUCCGUGAAGUAAUUCAGUACCCAUGUUUCAAAUGUGUAUAUCAAAUGAAUGUAUGUAAGAUUUAUUAAUUAACUGUCAUUUGAGAGAAAUAUUAAAUCUUUAUAAUUUGACUCAAGACAUAGAAAUUUUCUAUGUUGACGACAAAGAACUCUUAAACGAAAAGUAAAAAAAAAAAUCAAAUGAAACUAUAUGAUAUUUAUUAACUGUCACUUGAGAAAAGUAUAAAAUUUUCAAAAAUUGACAAAGUAGGAUUUUCUAUGAUGACAACAAAGAACUUUUAAAGGAUAAGUAUGAAUAUCCUUUUUGGCAUGCGUACAUAGUAGUUUAUUCAUUUUUGAUACUCAACAUAUAUUUCUGAUCUGUCUUAACUGGUCAUGUCAUAACAAAGUACCAUAAAACCUGGAAUUGAAGCCAUGGGCUUUUUUUUUUUUUUUUUUUUUU